AUGAAGACCUGGACGGACUCAAAUCAGCAUUUAUGGUUGAGGGACUCGCUGCCUGGUCAUAUCCCCAAUGCUAGAAUCAUGACUUAUGGCUACGAUUCGUCAGUGUUCUUUCCUAAGUCACAAAUGUCCGUUCAGGACUUCGUUCGCGACCUAUUCGAGAGACUUGGACACCUCCGGCAGAGGGACCCCCACGAGACGACCCGCCCGCUCAUCUUCAUUUGCCAUAGUCUUGGGGGUGUUGUUUUCAAAAGCUUGCUCGUACACCUCUCGGCGAACAAAAAUAACCCUUCCGCCAAGGCUAUGGCCGACUCUAUCUCCGGUGUCGUGUUCCUGGGCACUCCGCAUCGAGGAUCUCGACUGGCGUCUCCCGCGUCAAUCCUUGCGAGGAUAGUCAACGUCGCAACAGUCGGUUUUGGUGUCCGAUCAUCAUUUCUGAAGCUUUUGCAAGUCUCUUCGUCAGAACUAGAAUCCAUUUCUCUGAAUGCAACGUAUCUCUUAGCGGACCUCGACGUUAUUUCAUUUUACGAACAGAAAGCCUUAGGCCCUAGCCUGAUUGUAGAACCCUUCUCUGCCGUUUUAGGAUUACCGAAUGAACGUACAAUUCCUAUCAAUGCCGACCACAGAGACAUAGCACGGCUUUCUCCUCGUCUACCAAACAGUUAUCUACCGGUCUGGAGCGCGGUAAAGGAGCUUGUCGAAGGUUUGCCCCCUGUGAUCUUCAUAAACCCGACAUCUCUAAUUAUCAUACAGCCUCGAGAUUUAAAAAGCGCUCAAGUAACAAACCUCUACUCAAUAGCUUAUUCUGCGUUGAUUAUAAGACUGCCCAACUGCGCCCUCGUCAAGCACAUCCCGAGACUUGCGAUUGGGUUUUCUCAGACGCCACGUUCAAUUCUUGGCUAA